AUGGGAAACAACUGUAUUGGAUCGGGAACCUCGCAAUCAAAGGAUGUGUCAUCACCCUCAGCUCUUCCAAGUCCUUCUUGCUGGCCGCGUGGUGGAACGAAGAAAGAUACUUCUGAUGCAUACAAAACCAGUUCAACAAGAGCUACAGAAGCUGUUCAAAACAAGGCACCACCGGUAGUGAAAAUUGAGAAUGAGGAUGUAAAGCCAGUGCAACAACAAAAACCUCAAACGAAUGAAGGUGUUGUUGCUACACCUGCAAAACAAAAGAGACCUCAAAAUGUGAAGAGACUAGCAAGUGCAGGACUCAAAGCGGAUUCGGUUUUACAGCGAAAAACGAUUAGUCUUAAGGAGUUUUAUAAUUUGGGACAAAAGCUUGGACAAGGGCAAUUCGGAACAACGUUUCUUUGUGUGGAGAAGGCAACUGGGAAAGAGUAUGCAUGUAAGUCUAUCUUGAAGAGGAAGUUGUUGACAGAGGAGGAUGUGGAAGAUGUGAGGAGAGAGAUUCAGAUUAUGCAUCACUUGGCUGGGAGCCAAAGCAUAGUUUCGAUUAAGGAAGCUUCUGAAGAUGCUGUUGCUGUUCAUGUUGUUAUGGAGUUGUGUUCAGGGGGUGAGCUUUUUGAUAGGAUAGUGGAAAGAGGGCAUUAUACUGAGAGAAAAGCAGCUAAACUUGCACGGACUAUUGUUGGUGUUAUUCAGUCGUGUCAUUCUCUCGGAGUAAUGCAUCGUGAUCUUAAGCCGGAGAAUUUUCUUUUUGUUAAUCAACAGGAAGAUUCUCCUCUUAAGGCAAUAGAUUUUGGACUAUCUGCAUUUUUUAAACCAGGUGAGAUUUUCAAUGAUGUAGUAGGAAGUCCAUAUUAUGUUGCACCUGAAGUUUUACGCAAGCGAUAUGGCCCAGAAGCAGAUGUUUGGAGCGCCGGUGUCAUCUUGUACAUUCUCUUAUGUGGGGUGCCUCCAUUUUGGGGAGAAUCGGAGCAGGAGAUAUUUGAGGCCAUUUUGCAUAGUGAUCUUGAUUUCACAUCAGAUCCAUGGCCUGGUAUAUCUGAAAGUGCAAAAGACUUGGUUAAGAAGAUGCUUGUUAGAGAUCCUAGUAAACGGUUAUCAGCUUUUGACGUUCUUCGUCACCCCUGGAUUCAGGUUGAUGGAGCAGCCCCAGACAAGCCUCUUGAUUCUGCAGUUUUGAGUCGCAUGAAACAGUUUACUGCAAUGAACAAGCUCAAGAAAAUGGCUCUUAGAGUUAUUGCCGAGAAUCUCUCUGAAGAAGAAAUUGCUGGAUUGAAAGAAAUGUUUAAGAUGAUCGAUACAGACAAUAGUGGUUACAUUACGUUUGAAGAACUCAAGGUUGGACUGAAAAAAUUUGGUGCCAAUCUUAAUGAAUCUGAAAUUUACGAUCUAAUGCAAUCUGCAGAUGUUGAUAAUAGUGGUACAAUUGACUAUGGAGAAUUCAUAGCUGCAACAUUGCAUUUAAAUAAAGUUGAUAGGGAAGAUCAUUUAGUUGCAGCUUUCUCAUAUUUUGACAAAGAUGGAAGUGGGUUCAUCACUCGAGAUGAGCUUCAAAAAGCUUGUGAAGAAUUUGGCUUAGGGGACGUUGGCUUGGAGGAAAUGAUCCGAGAAGCUGAUCAGAAUAAUGAUGGACGAAUAGACUACAAUGAAUUUGUAGCUAUGAUGCAGAGGGGGAAUGCAGAAAUCGGUAAGAGGGGUCGAAAGGGUAGCCGUAGUUUAAGCAUUGCAUUUAGGGAGGCACUACCAGUAUGCUAA